AUGGAGAGGGAUAAAAAAGUAAUGGAAAAAAAAAUUACACCGGAGAGAUCGCUUAGUGAAAUAUUCAGAACAUUUGAAAAAAGCUUAGGCUUCCAAAACGAUAUAAAAUGGCCGAGUUUUAUUAUAAUAACGCUUUACCAUGUCAUCGGAGCUUAUUGGUGUUAUAACUUUGCUUUCCCAGUAAAAUGGCAGACUGUUGUUUUCGCUGCGAUAAUGUACGUGGCGACUGGUUUCGGGAUAACGGGAGGAGCACAUCGCUUGUGGACACACAAAUCGUACAAAGCAAAACUCCCGCUAAAAUUGUUUUUGCUCUUAUGCUUCUCCGCUGCUGGUCAGAACUCUUUAUACCAAUGGGUACGCGAUCACAGAAUACAUCAUAAAUUCAGUGAUACCGACGCGGACCCACAUAACGCGAAUAGAGGAUUAUUUUUCUCACACAUUGGCUGGUUAAUGAUGAAGAAGAAUAAUGAAGUUAUACUUAGAGGGAAACAAAUUGAUAUGAGCGAUAUUGAAAAUGAUCCAUUUCUGAGGUUUUAUGACAAAAACUUCAACUCCCUGAAGCUAGUUUUCUGCUAUAUUCUGCCAACAAUGUUGGGGAUUUUGUUGUGGAACGAAGAAUGGAAACGUGCUGUGGCAUGGCAAUGCUUCAUAAGGUUUCUUGGCAUGUUUCAUAGUGAGCUCACUGUGAAUAGUCUUGCGCAUACAUUUGGUUACAAACCUUAUAAUAAAAAUAUAGUUCCAGCUGAAAAUAGAUUCGUAUCAAUAUGCACACUGGGUGAAGGCUGGCAUAACUAUCAUCACGCUUUUCCAUUCGACUACAAAGCUGCAGAGCAUUUCGAUUUCUUCAAUUUUGGCACUAAAUUUAUAAAGUUGUUCGAGAAAAUAGGUUGGGCCUAUGAUCUGAAGGAAGCUACUCCAGAGAUGAUAAAUGCUAUUGCCAAGAAAUUAGGCGAUGGAACACCGGUGCACUUUCCCAUUCUAGUUACAAAGACAAAUUAA